GAGUAUCAAACAUUCUCUAUCGCGUUUCACUUAUCUCUCUCUCUCUCUCUCUCUCUCUCUCUCUCCUUGCCAUCCCCUCCCAUUUUCGAUUCUAUACAACCCCAACGCGCAGCAUAACAACCAACUACCCCCACCCCCACAACAACAAAAGAAACCAUGCCCCCCACCCAAGCCGACGACAAACGCCAAGCAGCCCGCGAAGUCAUUGACAUUCUUCAUGAGAUUUCCACCCUCCUAAACACCCAUCUGGACCGCACGGAGCUCUCGCUUUGUGUCUCGCUUAUUGAGAAUGGGGUCAAUCCGGAGGCUUUGGCGGCUGUGAUUAAGGAUCUGAGGAAGGAGGCUGGGUCUGGGGGUAGGGGGUUUGGUGAGCAGCAGCAGCAGUAUGAGUGAGUGAGUGAGUGAGUGGGGUGUUGGGGGAGGUGCUGGGGGUUGCGUCUGG